AGUGCGCAUGCUCCAAGACGCCGGGCCUCCUGCGCGUGAGAGGGGAAUGCCAGUGCGCAUGUUCAGAGACGAUGGGUUUCAUGCGGGCGGUGGCUGUGCCAGUACGCAUGUUCAGAGACGCCCCCAUGCUGGGAGGUCAGUGGUAGCGGGCAUGUUCAGAAUGGCUGGGCCGCGCGCGGGUGGAGUGACGUAACGCGAGGAGAAGCAGUGCGCACGCGCGGCGCUUUCCCUCCGCCUUCCCUCAGGCUCAGCGUCGCCACAGCCGCCGCCAUUUUGCGCGCCUUUCCUUCCUUCCCUCCUUGUCCUCCUCCUUCUCCCUCCCUGGCUCCGCUCGGUCAGGAGGGCGGCGAGCUGAUGCACCCGGGCGUGAAGGUGUUCGUGGGCAACCUGCCCGAGGAGACCUCGCAGGUCGAGCUGCGCGAGCUGUUCGAGGCGGCUGAGCCGGGCGAGGUGCUGCGGGUGGCCCUCAUGAAGCAGUUCGCCUUCGUCCACAUGCGCGACGAGGCGUCGGCCGAGCGCGCCAUCCUGAAGCUUAACGGGCAGCUCCUCCACGGGCACCGCGUCGUCGUCGAGCCCUCCCGCCCCAGGCCCACCCACACCGUCAAGAUCUUCGUAGGCAACGUCCCGGCCGCCUGCACCAGCGGCGAGCUCCGGCUCCUCUUCCAGGAGUAUGGGUCCGUGGUCGAGUGCGACGUCGUCAAAGUUAUGGAAAACUUCGAGGAUGCAACCAUCUGGCUUCCAUGUUCCUUGGAGACAAGAACCCCGACGAGUGAGCUUUACAGCUGUGGCCGGGAGGACUUGAACCCAGGUCUCCGCCGGUCCAAGUGUUAACACGAUUGCGGCUUCAGAUUUGUACUCCGUCUGACAAUAGUCCCGAUGGGAAAUCCUUCAGCAUAAAACUAGUUUGGGCCCCAUUGUUGGACAGAGUUUACACGGAUUUUUUUAAGCUUGUGUCGCGGUCCGCUCAGGUCUCCAAGCGAGCACCUCGACUCGCCCAGCAACCGGAGGUGUUAGACUCGGGUACCGUCGAGGAGACAAGCCAGCGCUGAGCUCUCGAGGGUGGCGGCGGCGCCAGUGCAGGAACCCGGGUACUUGACCACGGAAUGGAAGCUGUGGGCCUUGCAAGAAGCCAGGCCAUUCCCGGGGAGCCCCCGCGGUGCUACGUAUAUGCAGCCCCAACAUGCCGCCGGGGAAGGACUAGUACCAGGAGCCCGGGAAGCAAUCCAGCGGGAGGUGGCGUGGUGUGGCCUCCAGAAACUGGGCCAGGCAGCUGGGACGUGGUGGCCGGUAGAGUCCCACAUGGUUGCUUGGAAGCCCGAGGUCAGCCCUGAUGUGGCUUGGGCCGCAGUUCAGCACACACUUGCCUGGGAGCAAGCUCCAUUGAACCCAAUGGAGCUUACUUCUGAGUAGGCAUGUGCUGGAGUGCAGCCUUUCACGGCCCCCAAGAGGGCACCGUCUGUGCCCAGUGAGGCUCCCCAGGUCCAAGCCCAGCCCACUGCACAGCAGCGCCUCAGCCCCUCACUCAGCCGCGGGGGUCCCGUUCCACGUGAUGACCUUUUGAUGCCCCGCCACCAUUUUGGGCGAGGCACGCUGACGCAGCCGUGAAGGAGGCAGGGCUGCCAGGUCUAUUUCGGCCCCUGUGCUGCCUUCCUUUCUUGGAUCUUCAGUUCCAGUCGGGUCGCUGGGCAAGAGAAGUUUCCGGAAGGUCAUGGCUGUAGCACUGGACCCGGCUUCUGGGCAGCCUGGCUACACCACCACGCCUGGCAUUUAUGCGGCUGCAUCCGUCGGGCCUUCAAAGACCUAGCAAGGGUGCGUCUUGCGCUUUAACGAGGGCUGUGGAGUCAGUAUGUCAAACCUCCGACUCCUCUAUUUUUCUACUGUCCAACUCCAAUUCCAACUCCUUCAUAAAUUGCAAAUGUAUAUUAAUUUUUCUACCGUCUGACUCAGACUCUGAGUCCUUCAUAAAUGGCAAAUGUAUAUUAAUGUAUUAAUAUUAAUAAAUUAAUGAUAUUAAUAUUAAAAUAUUAAUUUUAUUUUGAAGUCGGAGUCAGUACAUUUCUUCCGACUCCACCCAAAAUUGCUUCCGACUCCACAUGACUCCAUAGCCCUGGCUUUAACCCCGCCAUCAGGCCGGUGUCCCUUGCAGGAGGCGCUUAACCUUCUUCGAAUGGAGUUUCAUGGUGAAGCAAGGCCAAAUAGGCCCUAUUACCACCACCUACUGAUGACGGAGGGAAAACUCUGUCUCACACACACAGACUACUCAGAAUAGACCAACCAAAGCACAUUCUCGUAAAAAUUGCCAAAUGGCAGAGACCACAAAAGGCCUCAAAGUACGAUUCCUGGGGACUCCCACAUCUCCCACAGAAGCUUCCCUUUCAACUAACAGACCAAUAAAAACUUGCCUCUUGUCUCUAUAUCCCAGGCAAUCCCAUACAAUAUCUCACACACCCCACAAACAUCACAGAUAUCCGAACUCACUCACCCUAUCUUAAAAAGAUUUAACAAGCUGCACAAUCUCCUGUCAAAAUGUGCAGUAAACAAACUUGUCAGACUCGACCAGGUUGAUUCAAUAUUUGGAAAUCACGCAAAGCAGGGCAAAAGGAAAGCACUCUAUGUCCUGUAGUACCAGUCUCCCACUGAUGUUGCCAUUCCAUAACCAUUUCCCUCUUAAGAUAGCAUUUAACUUCACUCUCUACCAAAGACAAGCAUACAUCAACAGCUGAAUGCUGCAAAGCAGCCUUUGCAGUUAAGUCAGCCACUUCAUUCCACAGUAUCCCUACAUGGGCAGGUAUCCAGCAAAACUCAAGGAAGAUUCCCAUAGAAUGAAGUUCUGUAUUUAAAGUCCAUAUUUCAUUAAUCACAUCAUUUUUGCAGGCUAUAACACCAGACUGAAUAGCCUGCAACCCUGAAAGAGAGUUCGAUAAAAGCAGAACAUUCUCUGGUCUAACAUCCUUAAUCCACUCAAGAGCCAAAAGAAUGGCCACCAACCCUGCCAUAAAUAUUGAAACCCAAUUAGAUAGCCAAAAACCCUUUUAAAUCCCCAAAUAAGGGACACAGUAAGGUGCACUAACCUUGCCAUCAGAGGAUGGCCUUUUUUAAGCAGCCUUUUUAAAAAUCUACCACUGUAGCAGAAGUACCUAAGAUAGAAAUCAAUAGAAAUUCUUUAUAGAAAUCAGUUGAGAAAUCCAAGGUUUUACUGCAGAUGUAAUUACUCUUUCUAACUCUUUGUGUAGGGGAAAUGUUUAAAAGCAUGCAAAAUCAUAAAAAGUUAGCCCUGUCAAUGCAAGUGUCAAUAACAUCAUUCCACUAUUUCUAGGUUCGAAGCUGUUGCUGAGACAAUAUAAUCUACUGUUGAUAUUCCAGGUCUGAAGUAUAGGGACUGAGGUUGGUUUGGGUUGUAAGCCAAAAAUCCCACUUACAAUGCACAAGGUUGCUUUUAAAGUGAAUCUCCUCAGAUUGCUCCUCAAAUCUUCUACUGACUCAAAUCCAGCAUUCAAGUUGCAUGCCAAUAUCUCAUGCUCCAUUGCUUCAUGCACAGAAGAGUUACAGUCUCACAUUUUUGUAAAAGAAAAAAAAUCACAAAGUAGACUUGGAAUGGACCAAAAACAUGUCUUUGCUGCAAUCUUUGACCAGCCAUAACUGGUCUGAAUGUUUCCAUUUAUUUCUAUGGGCAGUUUCACUUCUGACCUGAGUGAGGGAGAGACUACUUUCUGACUGCAGCUGGCCUGAAGUGGCCUGAAUCAGUGCUGGCCCCUGGAGUUUUGUGAUAGAGAUACAUGCAGUACUCACCUUCUGGAAUGGCUUUGUAAACUUUUUGAGCAUCUCCCAGGCAUGUGACCAGGGCUGUGGAGUCAGUACGCCAGACCUUUGACUCCGACUCCUCUAUUUUUCUACUGUCUGACUCCAACUCUGCUAAGGGCGGUAUAUAAAUUGAAAUAAUAAAUAAAUAAAUAAACUCCGACUCCUUCAUAAAUGGCAAAUGUAUAU